AUGAAUGAAGUGAAUAAAUUCUACGAUAAAUUUGGUGAUUCCUAUUUCGAAUUGAUUGAUGAAUUUGCUCUCAAAGAUAUAUGCGAUAAUAUGAAAAUUAAUGAACCUAUUAAUCAAGAUGAUUUACUAUCUUUAGAGGAUGAGUUGUUAUACUAGUUACAAAAAUUGUGGAUAUUUUAGCAUAAGAAUUUCUACCCUUAUUGUUUAAGUCACUAAAUAUCUGAUAUAGAAUUGGAAACUUUUAAAGCUAGAGUAGUAGCAAGAGGAGGUUCAUUUGUUAGCAGCAUUAACGACGAGAAAUUAGAUUUCAUAAUCUUAUUUAAAGAUUAGACUUUCAUUCAGAACGAGAGACUGAAGUAGUUUUUUAAUGAUAAACCAUAUACCAAAACAACUACCUAUACUUAAAUGAUGCAAUUGAUGGAGGAAUAACAGUAAAAAAUAUUACCAUCUUGA